CGUCGUAGGUUCUUUUUUUUUUCAGUUUUGAGGUUCCUUUUUUAUUUUCUCUCUCUCAAAUCAAUAAACCCAACCCUUCACUACUCCAACAAAAUCAAACUUGAAACAAAAAAAUAAUAAUCAACCAUGCCGGGAUUAACGUGCAACGCUUGCAACACAGAGUUCAAGGAUGAUUCAGAGCAAAAACUCCAUUACAAGUCCGAGUGGCAUCGCUACAAUCUCAAGCGCAAGGUGGCUGGAGUUCCUGGGGUGACCGAAGCACUGUUUCUGGCUAGACAAUCUGCACUUGUUCAAGAGAAAGAUAAAUCGAGUGAAACCCCCAUGCUCUAUAGCUGUGGCCUUUGUGGAAAGGGGUACAAAAGUUCUAAGGCUCAUGCUGAGCAUCUUAAAUCACGCGGUCAUAUGAUGCGAGCUUCUGAAGGAACUAGUCUUUCAGAUGAGAAGGCAAUAAUUAAGCCACUUCCACAACGUGUUGUGAAUAGGCCUCCUCCUAAAAGAGAGGUAGCUAGCUCUGAAAAUGAAGAAAGUGAAGAUGAAUGGGAGGAGGUUGAUCCUGAAGAUGAUUUGGUUAAUGAUGCUGCAAAGUCCUUGAUUGAUUUGAAGAUGAAUGAGCAUACCGACAAUGGUGAUAUGGAUGAAGAUGCUGAUGAUGAUUUUGAGGAGUUAGAUCCAUCGUGUUGCUUUAUGUGUGAUCAAGAGCACAAUACAAUAGAAAGUUGCAUGGUUCACAUGCACAAGCACCAUGGAUUCUUCAUUCCAGAUGUUGAGUAUUUGAAGGAUCCAAAAGGCCUCCUCACUUAUCUUGGCCUUAAGGUCAAAAGGGACUGCAUGUGUCUGUACUGCAAUGAUCGAUGUUAUCCUUUCAGCAGCUUGGAAGCAGUCAGGAAACAUAUGGCCGCAAAAGGUCACUGUAAAGUGCAUUUCGGUGAUGGUGAUGAUGAUGAGGAAGUAGAGUUAGAAGAAUUCUACGACUAUAGCAGCAGUUAUGUGGAUGAGCAAGGCAAGCAGCUGGUUGCAUCCAGUGAUGUGGCUAACAAUGUAGAACUCAGUAGUGGUGGGUCUGAGCUCAUAAUCACUAGGAAAUCUGGUGAUGGUACAUCAACCAGAACACUUGGCUCCCGUGAAUUUUUGCGUUAUUAUCGUCAGAAGCCUCGGCCAUCACCAGCAAAUAAUAUGGCAAUCACUGCUGCAUUGGCUUCAAGGUACAGGAGCAUGGGCUUGGCGACUGUCCAAUCAAGGCAGCAAAUUGUGAGGAUGAAAAUCUUGAAGGAAAUGAAUAGGUCAGGUGUGGAGAAUAUGCGUAGCAAGAUAGGGAUGAAGAGUAAUGUCAUCCGGAACCUGCCAAACAAUGUCCCAUAUUAGUCCUCUUCCUUUCUUCCUGUUGCUACCUGUUUGAAAAUCUUAAGUGGUGCUGUGUAAUAGUUAUUAGCUAUUAAGUUUCCUUUUUGAAGUAAUUUUAGAUUUCUUGAUGUCAUGGAGAGGCAUACACAAAGCAUCCGAAGGUACCAUUCGGUGUUGAAUGGAAUGACAUGAUAUUUUCCCGUUUAGAGUUGUUGGACAGUUUACUUAUUCCUUUGUUAUUGGUGGUAUAUUCACCAUGAGAUGAUAAAGAUUUUUUUGGGUUUAUGCAAUUUUGAAGAGA